AGAGCAGUAAGAUAGCAGUGCAGAUAUUCUCCAACCACACGUGGCAAUGUGUUUCGUUGAUUCAUGGUUUUCUUUCUUAUUUCCUUUUUCCGUUGAAGAGGAACAAUCGCAAGAUGGUUAAGGUUAAGUGUACUGAUCUGAGGACAAAAGAUAAAAAUGAGCUGCUCAAGCAGGUGGUGGAGCUCAAAACUGAGUUGACAACCCUCCGUGUGGCGAAAGUUACUGGUGGUGCUGCAUCCAAACUUUCGAAAAUACGUGUAGUGAGGAAGGCGAUAGCUAGGGUAUAUAUUAUCAUGCACCAGAAACAGAAGGAAAACUUGCGUUUAUUGUACAAAAAUCACAAGUACAAGCCUUUGGAUUUGAGGCCAAAGAAAACCAGAGCUAUUAGGAGAGCUCUGACGCCUUACCAAGCCAAUAGAAAGACUCCGAAAGAAAUUCGCAAACGAUCUGCUUUCCCUCCAAGGAAGUAUGCUUUAAAGGUGUAAAUCGCGAGGUACUAAGGAACAAAAUAAAGAUUUUUUAAAAAUUCCAAA